AACACCUGUUAUUUUCAGAAACUUAUAAAAUCUAAAGAGACAAUAUUAACCCAUAUCUAUGCUUAAGCCUUAGUGCUUUACCCUUUAUUCUGCUUUCAAACUCACUAACAUUCAUUAUCUCCAUUUCUACAAUAUCACAAAUCUUACAGCCUAUAAUGCCUUAUGUUGGCACCAAACACCUAGACUUUUUUUCAGCUGCACUUGGAAAACUGUUCCAAAUAUAUUAAAUUAUGCACCAGAGCUAAAGAUCAGGGAAAAAUCAAAAUGGGAUGUACACAAUGUCUGUUAUGGGAAAAAUCACAUUUAAUUAAAUGAGACAAUACAUUUGCAAUGACCUGGAAAAUAAUAAGUGUUCAGUACGUUAGCUAACAAUUAUUAUAUUUAAAGAAUCUCUGAGCAGAUAAUUGUUAGAGUUCACCCUAGUGCAUGUAUGAAUCCUCCAUCUAGUUUUUAAGGAAAAAAGUCUCUUUUUCAGAAUCGAAUAAAGAUCAUUAAUAAAGCAAUUACCUAGAGUGGAACUUAGCAUGUGUAUAAAUAAAGACCAACACACUUUUAAUCCAACAACUCCAGGAUGGUACCUGCAAUUACUGUAUCCAUUUAAUGAAGAAACUGAGGUCCAGAAAAUUCAUCUGUCCAAAGUCACACUGCCUAAGGUCCAAAGCACAAGUCUUAAACUGCAUGCUUAACUGCACCUACAAGAGGGUCCUGGCAAACCACUAGGAAUGAACUGCCGUCCAGCCUUCACUCCUAAAUUCUCCCCCUACACCACAACUUGCUCAAGUCCCUGGGAUUCUCUCUGCCCGCCCCUCAACACUGCCCCCAGCUCCCAUAAUGCUCCGGGCUCCUGCUUCCUCCGGCCAAAACUCCGCGCACGCUCAGAUCCUCCGCUCUGGUUACUAGGUCAUUCCCGAAGGCUGCUCGAAGUCUCGCGAGAUUAGGCCCGUUGCUGUGGUAACGAGAGGCACUGGGCCUCGUGGGGACUGCUGCUUAAAGUUCAGGGGCGCUCCUUCUAGCGGCAGGAACCCCGAGUCAGUGUCCCCUCACUGAAGGAAGGACCGACCUGGCCAGAAGACUCGGGGUGGGGAGUGAGGGGCCGACUUAGAGAGGACAGUGACGUUCAGAGAAGGAAGCGAGGGUGGAGGCGGGGCGCCCCCUGCGGGAAGCGAGCGCGCUCCGCAGAAUGAGCGCGUCCCCGCGCGGCGGUGUCCGGAGGGGGACCCUGCCAACCCCAAUCCUGGCGUAAUCGUGCUUCCCACCAAGAAAGCCAUCGUGCCUGCUCGCAGACCUGUCCGGGCGCUGCUGGGCGCGGGCGCGCCUGCUUUUGUCCUUUCUCCAGACGCGGAAGAUCCCCGGGGCGCCCACUAAGUUACCUCUGCAUGUGGCUUUCCUGAAGCCGAAGUUGCGUUCCACAGCCGCCCAGCACGUGCUGUGCCUCAUGUGCGCACGUAAGGAAACAGAAUCAGGAUUUAUGCCUGUCCGGUUUUCCAAAUUUGGAGUUGUGCUCUCCUGACCGAAACUUCAGCCUCAAUUCUGAAGGUGUCGCCCGUAAGACACUUUGCACCGUUGCCUUUGUAGUUACUUCCUAUGGAGUUUGGACUUUUCUUCUCUGCAGGUCACACACCAAAACGCACAUUUUGUGGAGGAGAACUUAGACUAGUAGAUUUGAAAUUGGUAAAUUCCUUUGGUCUCUGAAAAACCAGGAUCUUGACAAGGAAUUUAAAUUAUCCCGUUAUCUAGUAAUAACCACGUGGAAGGUACUUGCAGAGAAGGUAAUGGUCAUCGCCAGUACAACCUUCUGGUAGCUAUUGCAGUUUCAGUUAGAGUAAUGUAAUUGAAUAUUAGAGACAGAAUCUACAGAUAAUAUUUAUCAGACUAUAAAGGGAAAAGUCUGUUGUAGUCAUUUGAACUUUUGGUCAAUUGAAAAUUAAGACUUUAAACUUACAGUGGUGUAUUUCACUGACAAGAGUAAGUUUAAUUGUUUUCUUUGAUUCAUUAUACUUAAUUCCUCAGGAUCAUUCUGAACUUACUAUCGCUUUAUCAAUGUCUAGUAUUUAAUUAUAUGUGUAGAAUGUAUAUAAUUUGGCUGUGUACUCUGCAAAUCCCCUUUUCAAUUAAAUUAUUGCUUGAUUUUAUUGUGAUUUUUGUUUCUUAAGUAAUGAAAAAUUUCUGCAGGUCUUUGAAAUUGAAAGUUUAAUUAGCUGCAUUCUAAUUAAUUUACUUUUUAAAGAGAACUGUUGUCACUGUUAAAUAUAAUUGAAUAUAUUUUUGAGUACUCAGUUAAUGUAAUAAACACCUUCAGCUGAAAAAGAAACUGUCGAAUAAGUUCCUUAGAAAUUGUUUUACAGCUUAAUCCGUAUAAUAGAAAUUUCAAGCCAAAUACGGGAAGAGAUGUCAGAAGAUUCAGAAAAGGAAGAUUAUUCAGAUAGAACAAUCAGUGAAGAAGAUGACUCAGAUGAGGAUGCAUUCUUGAAAUUUGUAAGUGAAGAUAUUCAUCACUGUACACUUGUAACAGCUGACUCAGUUGCUGACCCAUUCUUCCCCCGGACUACACAGUUACUAUUGGAAUAUCAGCUAGGGAGAUGGGUGCCACGUCUUCGUGAACCACGAGAUUUAUAUGGUGUCUCUUCCUCUGGUCCACUGAGUCCAACACGGUGGCCAUACCACUGUGAGGUCAUUGAUGAAAAAGUCCAUCAUAUUGAUUGGACUCCUUCUUAUCCUGAGCCAGUGUAUAUCCCAACAGGCCUAGAAAUGGAACCCCUUUAUCCAGACUCCAAGGAAGACACCAUAGUUUAUCUAGCUGAAGAUGCUUAUAAAGAGCCCUGUUUUGUGUAUUCUCGAGUUGGGGGCAACCGAACACCCUUGAAGCAACCUGUGGAUUCCUGUGACAACACUUUGAUGUUUGAAGCAAGGUUUGAGAGUGGUAAUCUACAGAAGGUAGUCAAAGUGUAGGUUUUAAUUAUUUUUAUUCAAGGAGCUAGACCAUCGACUAUUUAUUUUUUAUAUAGGGUACAUUAAAGUGCUUAGUAACUAUUAUUAAACUAUAAUUCCUUGAAGUAUAGAUGCUAUUUAG